AUGGCAAAGAAGGUAAACAAACGCGGUGUGAAAGUAGGAAAUCUACAAAAUCUGAAAAAAGAUAAGUCGACUUCGACGAAUAAAGAAAGAAAAUAUGUAUCCAGAAAUAAUCCUAACAGUGGAAAAAGUCAGAAUUCCAAAUACUUAUGGAAACUUGAUGGAAUUCGUCCUUUUUCUAUUGCGGCACUGGCUGUUUUAUGUGGAUUUUUUAACAGCUAUCAUCAAGCGACCAUGUUUGAAAAUGACAGGCAUUUUUCCCAUCUUUCUUCUUUGGAGAGAGAAAUGACAUUUAGGACAGAAAUGGGUCUAUAUUACUUUUAUUAUAAAGCUCUGACAGAAGCUCCAUCAUUUUUAGAAGGAAUGCAUGCAAUCAGGAACGAUAAUCUCACAGAAUAUCCUUCUGUUAUAAAUACUUUAGAGCGAUUUACAUUAUAUCCUGAAGUAGUAUUAGCUGCCAGUUAUAGAAAUAUAAUAGCUAUAGCUAAUUUUUUUAAUGUGAGUCUUAAAGAAUGCUGGCAAGUUCUGAGAGGUGAUGAUCUUCCACCCAUUGAAAGUUGUGAAGGUAUUGGUGAUCCUGCAUAUUUUUAUGUAAUAUCUGUCUUUCUACUGAAUGGUCUUGUCGGCUCUCUCUUGUUUUUAUUCGGAACUGCUCUUAGCGAUUCAAUAUCUGGAGGAAUAUUAUCAGUGUCCUGCUUCUUCUUUAAUCAUGGAGAGUGCACUCGAGUCCAGUGGACUCCUCCAUUGAGAGAAAGUUUUGGAUAUCCUUUAUUCCUACUUCAAAUGAUGUUAAUCAGCUUGACAUUGAGGUGUCGAAAGCAACUAUUUUCACAUUCAGUUAUCAUUGCUGUUCCUUCUGUGUUAUUUAUGCUAUCGUGGCAGUUUGCUCAGUUUGCUUUCCUAACCCAGAUAUUAGUUUUAUUUGGCUUGUAUCUGCUAGAUGGUGUUUCAUCUGAUGCCUUGAAAUGUAUUCUGAAGGGACAUAUAAUAAGCCUUUUUAUCUCUAUUAUUUUGCUGUUUGGGAACAAAAUGCUGAUUACCUCAUUCUAUACAUCUGUACUUUUAAUGUGUUUUAUCAUUGUUUCAUCUGAAAAUAUUUGGAGAAAACUUAACAGCCUACUACUGAAAAUGUUUGUGAAAGGAAUCACCUUGGUGCUUGGAUGUGUUAUAUUGAAAAUUCUGCUAUCAUCCAUUUUAAACGUACAAGAUGAUGCACAUAUUUGGAAUAUUUUAAAAUCAAAGUUUACAUCUUAUAAAGAUUUUCACACAUUGCUAUAUACAUGUGCUGCAGAAUUUGAUUUCUUACCAUGGGAAACUAUACUGGAACUUACCAAAACAAUUGCCUUACCGGUCGCAAUUCCAACGGUUGCCUUCAUUUUGUACUUUAUUUUAUUCAGAAAGAACAAUAAUGCAUUACAUGAAGAUGCUGAUGUGCUCUAUAAUAUUUUCCAAUGUUUGGCAUUUUUCAUCAUGGCUAUCCUUGUUAUGAGACUGAAGUUAUUUUUUACUCCCCAUUUAUGUCUUAUGAUUUCAUUGACUAUGAGUGGAAAGUAUUUCAGAUUUUUAGAUGGGAAAGCUGUUAGAUAUUACAUCCUUUUUAGUUUACUUGCUGCUAUGAGCAUUCAGGGUAUCUCAAAUAUUAAGCAUCAAAGAAAUAUAAUUGGUGAAUUCAGCAACCCUGACUUAGAAGAGCUUAUUUCUUGGAUAAAUGCUACUUUGCCUGAAGAUGCAGUAUUUGCUGGUCCCAUGCCAACUAUGGCCAACAUUUUAUUGUCAACUAGAAGGCCAAUUGUGAAUCAUCCCCAUUAUGAAAAUGCUGGCUUACGGGAAAGGACUCGCAAUGUGUAUCAGAUCUUCAGCAGAAAACCUGUAACAGAAGUAUAUGAUACUCUACGAAACAUGAAAAUUAACUAUGUAGUUCUGGAACGAAAUUGGUGUUUUGGAAAGAGAAGGGAAGGUUGUGCUAUGGUUGAUCUUUGGGAUAUUGAAGAUCCAGAAAACAAAGAUAGAGAAAAUGUUUGUCAAAAAAUAGUCAGAAAUCCUUAUCCAUUUCGUAAAGUAUUCAGAAAUUCAGUUUAUACUGUUCUAAGUUUAUAAAACAGUAGACUUAAUUUUCUAGUCAAAAGUUAUCUUACAGUUUCAUUGAAUGUUUUUACUAUUUCAAAACUACAUUAUAUAAAUCAGUGAUUGGCAUACCAAAAUUACUGCAUUCUACAAAGCGAGCGAAUCUUGGGAAUUUAUGGAAAAAUUGCCCGACUUUAAGAUGAAAAUUGUGUUUUCCAAUUUAUAAUAACUGCAGUGAACUCAUAUCAGCUACAGUUUUGCCAUGAACAAAACAUUCAAUUUUAUGUAAAAAUUUGCUUUUAAUCUGUUAGACUUUUGCUGUCACUCGAAUGGUGCUUGUAUGUUUUCAUUGUCUGUAGUACCAAAACAUUCCAUGCACAAUUAUCAUAUGAACAUAAAUUA